AUGUCUUGCGGCGGAGGAUGCUGCUGUGGUGCUGCUAAGCCAGCUAACGUUCAGGAUGAACAUGUUAUCCAGGCUUUCAAGGAUGCCAUCGCUCUUGGCAACCAGAAGAACGGAACAACACUUGAAUACAUCCAACUUCUUUCCGCUACACAGAAGGUUGUCUCUGGCUACAUCUUCGAGGGUGUUGUCAAGACAAACGAUGGCGACUACAAGGUCAAGAUCUGGUGCAAGCCAGGCAACACAGAGAAGGAACUUCAGCUCUUCGAGAAGGCCUAA